GUUGUGUUUGUGCAGUAUUUUCAUGCCUGGGAUCUGGGGGAAAGGAAGGAGGUUUUCUGUGUGAGCAUGUCAAGGACUGCUAGCCACCCAGGAUUAGCCAGCCAGCAGCCCCAGUAUGCAAAGUGCACCCAGGGGCACCCACCUCGGACAAUAACGGCUUUAGGAUACCUGAUCGCUGCAAGAGAGGCGCACUGAUAGCAGGACUCCAGAAAAUGGAGCAAGAAUGAGAGGGGAGAGGCAGAGGGAGAAGCAUGAGCUGGCGUUUAGUCGAGUUACUCUCCUUCCUGUUUAUUUGGGAGCAGAUCACUGUGCAGGAAUCAGUCCAAUCCCAGCAACAUGUCUCCAAAGAAUUUGAUUGGCUCAUCUCAGACCGAGGUCCAUUCCAUCACUCGAGAAGCUACCUGUCCUUUGUGGAGAGGCAUCGGCAGGGAUACUCGACCAGAUACAAGAUCUACAGAGAGUUUGCCCGCUGGAAGGUGAGGAACGUGGCGGUGGAUCGGAAGGAGCCACUACACAACCCUUUGCCCCUAAUGCCUGAAUUCCAGCGCAGCUUAAGGCUCCUGGGACGGAGACCAUCAACACAACAGAUUAUAGAUUCCAUAAUUAAGAAAUACGGCACCCACUUGCUGGUCUCUGCCACACUGGGAGGUGAGGAAGCACUGACAAUGUAUAUGGACAAGAGUCGACUGGACAGACACUCUGGAAAUGGGAAUCAAAGUGUAGAGUCUCUGCACCACUUGGCUUCAUCAUACUUUGUAGAUCGAGAUGGAACCAUGAGAAAACUUCAUGAAAUUCAGAUAUCAACCGGUGCAAUCAAGGUCACUGAGACCCGGACUGGACCACUGGGCUGUAGUAGCUAUGAUAAUCUGGACUCGGUCAGCUCGGUUUUGUUGCAGAGCACAGAGAGUAAAUUGCACUUACAGGGUCUGCAGAUCAUUAUUCCUCACUACUUAAAGGAGAAGUUUGUACAGUCAGCGCUGAGUUACAUCAUGUGUAACGGGGAAGGGGAAUACAUGUGCAAGAACAGUCAGUGCUCCUGCCUGUGCUCUGAGGCCUUCCCCCAGUGUAACUGCCCCAUCACAGACAUUCAAAUCAUGGAGAAUACGUUGAGCAACCAGGGAAAAGCUUGGGCACAGGCAUAUAAAGACUUUGAGAACUCAGAUGAAUUUAAAUCCUUCAUGAAGCAUUUACCCAGCAACCACUUCUUGAGCAUUGGAGCUAUUCACCAGCAUUGGGGAAACGACUGGGAGCUGCAGAACCGUUAUAAGCUAUUGCAGAGUUCUCUAGAGACCCAGAGACAGAAGAUGCAGCGCACAGCACGCAAACUCUUCGGGCUCAGUUUACGCUGCCGGCACAACCCAAAUCACCAACUGCCAAGGGAAAGGACUAUUCAGCAAUGGUUGGCUCAGGUGCAGUCUCUCCUCUACUGCAAUGAGAAUGGCUUCUGGGGCACUUUCCUUGAGAGUCAAAGGAGCUGUGUUUGUCAUGGAGGCAGCACACUCUGCCAGCGACCGAUCCCCUGCAUCAUUGGAGGGAACCAGAGUUGUGCCAUGUGCAGUAUGGCGAACAUCUCCCUUUGUGGCUCUUGUAAUAAGGGCUUUAAGCUGUACCGGGGCCGUUGUGAGGCACAAAAUGUGGACUCUGAGCGAAGAGAGCAGUUCAUGAGUCUCGAGACAGAGUUGGACUUCGAAGACUUGGAGCUUCGCUUUCUUCUGCAACAGAUGGAUUCUCGGCUUCAUGUGCACACUACUUUCAUCAGCAACGAGAUUCGACUCGAUACCUUUUUUGAUCCACGGUUCAGGAAGAGGCUGUCCCUUACAUUAAAGAGCAACAAAAACCGUGUAGAGUUUAUUCACAUGGUCAUUGGGAUGUCCAUGCGAAUUUGCCAAGCAAGGAACACCACUCUGGAUCCCAGCUUCUUUGUUUAUGUUAAUCCAUUUAGUGGAAGCCACUCAGAGGGUUGGAGUAUGCCCUUUGGAGAACAUGGUUACCCACGGUGGGAGAAGACACGACUGCAAAACAGCCAGUGCUUUAACUGGACUCUUCUUUUGGGCAAUCGUUGGAAGACAUUCUUUGAGACUGUACAUAUUUACCUUCGCAGUCGUGCACGUUUGCCAACAGUCAUGCGAAAUGAUACAGGACAAGGCCCAGUUGACCUGUCAGAUCCAACUAAGCGACAGUUCUAUGUAAAGAUCUCUGAAGUGCAGUUGUAUGGAUACAGCCUACGGUUUAACCCAGAUCUUCUCCGUAGUGCUGUGCAGCAAGUCAAUCAGUCAUACACUCAAGGCAACUUCUUUUCCUCUCACCCUGUCAUGCUGCUUAUGCUAGACAUCCGAGAACGGAUCAACCGUCUAGCACCCCCAGCUGGGCCAGGGAAGCCCCAGCUAGACCUCUUCUCUUGUAUGCUGAAGCACCGUUUGAAGCUGACAAACAGCGAAAUCAUACGGGUUAACCAUGCUCUGGACUUGUACAACACUGAGAUCCUGAAACAGCCUGACCAUAUGACUGCAAAACUAUGUUAACCCCUUAUCUGUCUCCCUCUGAGGGCCCCCUGGCUCUGUACAUCUAUUAGUGGUCUAAAUUCUUAGGCAAAUGGGUGGACUGUGAAUUUUACCAGCAGUAAAACAUUUAGAGGGUCUUAUAAUUUACAGUCAAUCUCACAACCUGACUUUGAUUGUGCUGCUUCAUAUUAAACAACUGAGUAUAUCUACAUGCUUCCUAUUGCCAAACAAAAACUUCUUAUAAACAUGUAAAGCAUUCAUGUUCAAGAAUAAUCCAUAGUUUCUACGUGCAUUAUGGAUACAUAAAAAAAUAGCUGAAGGUUGCAUACAUUCAAAUGGCCAUACACAUGUUUGUAUCUAUAGUCGUUUUGAAAGGUUCCAUACUCACUAUGGUUUGUUUCAUGAUUGUCAUUUAUAGAAUAAGAACAGCAUCCAUAUUUAUUAAAUAAUCUUUGCGUAUGCAAACUCUUUUGCCCCCCCUAUUUUCCCCUAUUUUUUAAUGAGAGAUUUGAGCAGUUGUGUAUGUUAGAGGAAAAUAACAGAGGUUUUUUAUUGAGAGAUACCAAAAAAAUACCUUAUGGGCUAGAUUACAAGUGAAAUGCUAAUUUAACAUGCACGUUUACCGACAUACGUUAAAUAACCAGCAUUACAAGUGGCUGGUUAAUUUUUUGCGCUAUGCCCCCCAAAUAAAGUGGACAGUUCCUUUUAUAAAAAAAUAUGAGCAUUUGUUUUUUUAAUAACUGCAUGAAACAGUUAUAAUGGGUUAAAGUGAGGACAUGUAGGGUGUUAGAAAAAUUGUCACUGAAAAGUGCCUUUACAUUGAACUCU